CUUAUAUUACCGAUUUAGGUUUAUCAAUAUCGUUUGAUGAAAAACAAGAAGGCCAUGUUUAUGGAGUUUUGCCGUAUUUAGCACCUGAGGUUUUGAAAGGUGAACGAUUCACUCGAGCUUCUGAUAUUUACA